CUGCGGCCCUAUGGUGAAGCUGAUGGUAACGUACCACCGGAGAAAGCAGCGAUAGGCAUCCUACCUCACCGCCAGCUCUGUCUACGACGCCAUGGAGGGUAACGUAUUGCCCGAGACGUCGGAGAGCGGGAGUCUAGGAGGAUACAUCUACAACGACGACGAGGACGACGAUGCGGAUGACGAGCUUGACAACGAGCAUUCCGACUUCGAGUCAUGCGAAGAGCUCGAGGGCGCGAACCAGCGCGCGGCUCGAGAGAUCAGCGACUUGAGCAUCAGCGGCAUCUCAGCCGUCCAGCAUGACGAGACUUUACCGCACGAAGACGCUUCGGACGACUACGUCGAGAUCGUGAAGAACUUGAGCGAUAGCGAGCAAUCGUCGGAUGAUGACGUGUCAGAGCCGUUGAAGUUGAGAAAGUUUGACUACACUUUGGUACUGGAAUGUAUGUGCGCGGGAAGCAAGAGGAAGCAAAUCAACGUUUGGCUGCCAGAGACUCUUGUCUUUGUUAACAACGUCCCGCUGUGUUGGUACUUCACGCGGAAGCAAGACUGUACCAUCUCGAAACGAAACUUCGGGCACAAGAAGUCAAUGACAAACCAGCAGAUCCUCGCCAAGUUCGGAGGGUUGACCGGAGAGAUCACCUCGUACUUCGUGCAUGUCACUGACGUCGACGAGGAGCACAUGAGCUGGAAGAUCGAAUACUUCGAUAGGAAAAGCCUCCGAGAUUUUCUCUACGAUGAAAACGCAACUCGCAACGGUUUCUUGCAGAAAUUCGUGUGCAUCCGCAAGCAUCGAUUCGCAGCUUCUCUAGACACGAAUCAGCUGCUGCAAACCUUUGACGUGAGAUGGAAGAAGGACGAUCUGAGGAGCACGAGGGUGCAGACCCGCUCCUACGUCUUCCGCAUCCCUGACGACGGGACGAGCUCCUACAGGUACGGCAUGGCAGAGCCGCACGACCAUCGUUCCUCCCACCUGUCGAUGAACUCGACCAUCACCAAGAAGGCUCAGAGCGUCUGUCGCUGCAUCGCUGAGUCGAUGAAGCUCCCCGUGGACGGAUACUCCCGCACCCUCCAACGGAUUCACUGCAAGUUCAGGAUGGGAAAGGAGGGCGUCCUGUGGUUCCAGUUCUGCACCUGGAUGAGGGCGGACAAGUACGGCCCCCUCCAACGGAGGCUGUCGAGCCUGCGCAUGUCCGACCUGCUCUUCUCCAGCAGCAGGAAUUUGCUUCAGGGGGAGCCCGCGCCCGACUCCUCGCUUGCUCAGCAGAGCAAGGGCCCUGUGCAGGAGCACGAGCACGUGAGGAGUGUGGAGGCGGAGCAGGUCAACAAGGUCAGCCUGCCGACCAAGAGCCAGGACAUGAGGACCUGUUCUCUGUGCUCGGCUCGAAUCCUCGCGCAGACGUCAUGCUCCGUCACCUACGGCGAAGUCCUUCCCUUCCUGAUGCACCUCAACGUCAGUCUCCGCUCUCAGCUCUCCCCAGCUGAUGCCCACCAGGGGGAGGCAGCAGCAGAGGCGGCGGUCGAGAAUCUGCCGCAGGAGCUCUGGAGGGAGAUGCAGCUCAAGGAGGAAGAGGAGGUCGGCCUGCAGGACCUCAGCUGCCGGCUGCAGUUGAUCGGGCUGUCACCGUCGUGGAUCGAGAGGAUCAUAGUGGAGAUGGCGUCGAGCGACGAGGAGAUCAGCGGGUUCGUCGACCUCAGGCUGUUCAGGAUGGCGAUAGAGGCCUCGCAGGGUCAGCGGGGGAGAGGCUGGACGGAUGGAGGGGAGGAGAGGAGGGAGUGGGAGCACGGAGACUCUAUCUUCUCCGACCAGCCGCUGAUCUACCAGUACAUGUCCCCAACUUUGCACAAGAGGAAAGUUCCGUCAGUGUUCAACGAGCUUGCUCUUCACAUCCCUGAGUUGGACUUCCAUCUCUUGUUCGAGGAGAGGCAUGGCGGGUUGUCAUGGGCAGGCGUCCUUCACAAGGACGUGGUAUGUUGCCUGCAUUGCAAACGAGUAUGCAAGCUCUUCGUCGAGGCGAAACUUCGAGGGCUCGAGUACUCGGAGCCUCAACUCGACAAGCUCAAGAAGCUGGUGCACCCCAACAGCCCGACGCUCCUCGCCAUCAUGUGGAACUUGCGGGGCAAGAAGACAAGCACACAGAUCCCCGUCGACCGGGAGUGGAGUUUGGACCGGGCCAAGGAGUCGAGGAAGGUCGAGCAGCAGCGGGGAGGUCAGCAUGCAGAGCAAGUCGAAGCAGAGCCUGCAGUGGCUGCGCGAGAUCUCUAA